AUGGCUAAUACUUCUGGUCUGACGGCCGAGCAGGUCGCCUCGUUUAAUGAAAAUGGCUUCCUAUUGAUCCCUGGCUUCUUGUCCAAAUCGCAAGUCACCUCCCUACUUGACACCGCAAACAAUCUUCUUGAUAACUUCGACAUCGCCACCCACCCUCUCACCCGUUUCACUACCGGAGAUGAUCCUUUAUCGAAAUCCCAGCAUGUUGGGGACGAGUACUUCCUUACCUCCAACGACAAGAUCCGUUUCUUCUUUGAGCCCGGCGCAUUCUCCGCCUCCGACCCCUCCAAGCUCCUACACGCUAAAAACCGAUCUAUAAAUAAGAUAGGCCACUCAAUACAUUCUCUCUCUCAGCCUUUCUCAGACGCAACACAUACUGGGCCUGUGGGGGUGCAAAAUGCAGCAAUAGCAAAAGCAUUGGGUUUCCGUGACCCCCGUGUACUGCAGAGCAUGGUCAUAUGCAAGCAACCUGGUAUCGGCGCUCCGGUGCCUAUGCAUAAGGAUUCCGAGUUUCUGUACACUGAUCCGCCCUCUGCCGUUGGAUGGUGGAUUGCCUUGCAAGAUGCUGGGGCAGAGAAUGGGACACUUGGAUUCUGGAAGGGCAGCCACAAGACCGGCAGGGUUAGGAGGAGGUUUGUCAGGACUACGCCUUAUCAGGCGGGCUCAGAUAAUGCGGGAGGAACAGAAUUUGUGGAAUGGAAUGGGCCGAAUCUACCUGCAGGUAUUGACGAGGAAAGUAAGGGGAAGGAAGAUUACGAGCCUGAUGAGAAGGACUAUGAGUUAGUAGAGAUCAAGGCGGGUUCGUUGGUGCUGAUCCACGGCAAUGUGCUGCAUAAGAGCGAGAAUAACCCGAGUGACAAAUCGAGGUUUGCAUAUGCUUUUCAUGUUAUUGAGGGAACAGAAGGGUGGAAGUAUGAUGAUAGAAAUUGGCUACAGCCUCCAGAGGGAGGCUUUACAAGACUGUUUGGUCAGGACUGA